AUGUUUUACGUUAUUGGUGGAAUCACAGUGUCUGUGGUUGCGUUCUUCUUCACAAUUAAGUUCCUCUUUGAGCUUGCCGCACGUGUAGUCAGCUUCCUCCAGAAUGAGGACCGUGAGCGCAGAGGGGACCGGACUAUUUAUGACUACGUGCGGGGAAAUUACCUGGAUCCCCGGUCUUGCAAAGUCUCCUGGGAUUGGAAGGACCCCUAUGAGGUGGGCCACAGCAUGGCCUUCCGAGUGCAUUUAUUCUACAAGAAUGGGCAGCCUUUUCCCGCACACCGGCCUGUGGGACUGAGAGUUCACAUCUCUCAUGUUGAGCUGGCCGUGGAAAUUCCAGUGACCCAGGAAGUGCUCCAGGAGCCCAGUUCCAACGUGGUCAAGGUGGCCUUCACUGUGCGCAGGGCUGGGCGUUACGAAAUCUCAGUAAAGCUUGGUGGAUUAAACGUGGCCUACAGUCCCUACUACAAGAUUUUUCAGCCUGGAAUGGUGGUUCCUUCCAAGACCAAAAUAGUGUGCCAUUUUUCUACUCUUGUAUUGACCUGUGGACAGCCACACACCCUUCAAAUAGUGCCCCGAGAUGAGUACGACAACCCUACCAACAAUUCCGCAUCCUUGAGAGAUGAGCACAAUUACAGUUUGUCCAUUCAUGAGCUCGGUCCCCAAGAAGAAGAGAGCUCUGGUGUCUCGUUUGAGAAGUCUGUGACCUCCAACAGGCAGACCUGCCAGGUGUUCUUGAGACUCACCCUGCAUUCUCGUGGCUGCUUCCAUGCCUGCAUUUCAUACCAAAAUCAGCCAAUCAAUAAUGGUGAAUUUGACAUCAUUGUCCUAAGUGAGAAUGAGAAGAAUAUUGUCGAACGCAACGUGUCCACCUCAGGAGUGAGCAUUUACUUUGAGGCUUAUCUUUAUAAUGCCACCAACUGUACCAGCACACCUUGGCACCUUCCCCCCAUGCACAUGAGCUCCUCCCAGCGCCGGCCUUCCACAGCCAUGGAGGAGGAAGAUGAAGACUCACCCUCUGAGUGCCAGACCCCUGAGAAGGUGAAGAAACCGAAGAAGGUGUACUGCUACGUGUCCCCAAAGCAAUUCUCAGUGAAGGAGUUCUACCUGAAAAUCAUUCCCUGGCGCCUUUAUACCUUCCGAGUAUGCCCAGGAACAAAAUUUUCAUACCUCGGCCCCGACCCCGUUCAUAAGCUCCUGACACUGGUGGUAGAUGAUGGCAUUCAGCCGCCAGUGGAGCUCAGCUGUAAGGAGAGGAACAUUCUAGCAGCCACUUUCAUCCGCUCUCUCCAUAAGAAUAUAGGAGGCUCCGAGACCUUUCAGGACAAGGUGAACUUUUUCCAGCGAGAGCUUCGGCAGGUGCAUAUGAAAAGACCACAUUCCAAAGUCACCCUGAAGGUCAGCAGACACACGUUGUUGGAAUCGUCUCUGAAAGCUACCCGGAAUUUCUCCAUCUCAGAUUGGAGCAAGAACUUUGAAGUGGUUUUCCAAGACGAAGAAGCUCUGGACUGGGGAGGGCCUCGUCGGGAAUGGUUCGAGCUAAUCUGCAAAGCAUUAUUUGAUACCACCAAUCAGCUCUUCACCCGAUUCAGUGACAACAACCAAGCAUUAGUACAUCCCAAUCCUAAUCGCCCUGCUCAUCUACGCUUGAAGGUGUAUGAGUUUGCAGGGCGGUUGGUGGGCAAGUGUCUCUAUGAGUCCUCUCUAGGAGGAGCCUACAAGCAAUUGGUUCGAGCUCGAUUCACCCGCUCUUUUUUGGCCCAGAUCAUAGGCCUACGUAUGCAUUAUAAGUACUUUGAAACAGAUGACCCAGAAUUCUACAAAUCUAAAGUUUGCUUCAUCCUCAACAAUGACAUGAGUGAGAUGGAGCUCGUCUUUGCAGAAGAGAAAUAUAAUAAAUCAGGUCAAUUGGAUAAGGUGGUAGAGCUCAUGACAGGUGGAGCUCAAACCCCAGUCACUAAUGCGAAUAAAAUCUUCUAUUUAAAUCUACUGGCCCAAUAUCGACUGGCCAGUCAAGUGAAAGAGGAGGUGGAACACUUCUUAAAAGGUCUGAAUGAGUUGGUCCCUGAGAACCUUUUGGCCAUUUUUGAUGAAAACGAGCUUGAACUGCUGAUGUGUGGGACUGGGGACAUCAGUGUGUCUGACUUCAAAGCCCACGCAGUGGUCGUUGGCGGCUCAUGGCAUUUCAGAGAGAAGGUCAUGAGAUGGUUCUGGACUGUGGUUUCCAGUCUGACCCAGGAGGAGUUGGCUCGGCUGCUACAGUUCACAACAGGCUCCUCUCAGCUACCACCCGGAGGUUUCGCUGCCCUCUGUCCCUCAUUCCAGAUUAUUGCUGCUCCGACCCACAGCACGCUCCCGACUGCACACACGUGUUUUAACCAGCUGUGCCUCCCCACGUAUGACUCGUACGAAGAGGUGCACAGGAUGCUGCAGCUGGCCAUCAGUGAGGGCUGCGAGGGCUUUGGCAUGCUCUGA